AUGGCCUCGUUUCUCAGGGAUCGACGCGUGCAAGAAGCCAGCGUGAUUGCAGUUCAAGAGCCGUGGAAGAACACCCUCUCCAACACCACACAUCAACCCAUAUCCUCGCUCUUCCAGCUCGUCUAUCCAAGCACGUCUCUAGACGAACCACCUGGCGUAUGCUUCUAUAUAUCUAAGAACCUCCACCCUGGCGAGUGGUCUUGCACGCUCGUGGAUCGUGAUUACCAGAUCUUGAAGCUCCGGAAAGCUCACGCGCACGGCAACUGGACGGAUCUCUUCGUGCACAACAUAUACAAUCGGCAAGGCACAGGCAUACCCGACAAGCUCCGUCAAGAGCUCUCUAAGCGCAAGGAAGCGGAGCAUAUCGUUGUGGGAGACUUCAACGCCCACCAUCCAGUAUGGGGAGGUCCAGGAGCUCCUGCAGAGGCAGAAUCAGAGGAUUUCUUGCUGCUGGCUGACCAGCACAAGCUUGACUUGCUCACAGAGGCCGCUAGGCCCACGUGGGAGCGUGGAGGUGCAGAAUCUGUGAUCGAUUUGACGUGGAUCAGCGAAGAGCUAACUGGGCGAUUGGUCAACCAUGGGCGUGCAGACGAUAUCGAACACCAAUCUGACCACUAUCCCGUACGCACUACACUAGACGUGCAGACCCCACUUUUCAAGGCCCCAGAACGUCGAAAUUGGAGUGCCAUGGACGACAAGAUCCUCACAGAAUUCAUCGAAAAGCACGUUAUAUCACGAGAUCUGACCUCUGCCAGCCAGCAACGUGUGGAGCUCGAAACCCAGACCUUUAUACGGACUAUACAAGUAGCGAUCGACGCUUCCACACCAUGGGCAAAACCUUCCAUGUGGUCAAACUCCGACUUCACGCUGGAGUGUAGAGAAGCGGUAAAAACCGUGCGUUUUCUCCGCCGGCAGUGGACUCGCUCACACGACCCGCUUGACGAGCUCCGCUACAAGCAGGCCCGGAACGACAAGAACCGGCUCAUCAAGGGCACGCUCAGCAAGGCCCACCGGAAGCGUGUACAGAAGGUUAUGGAAGAGGGCCCCCGUGGCAUGUGGAGACUGGCCAAGUGGGCGCGGAACCAUAGCGGCGUCUACGAGCGUGGACUUACACCUACACUCCGGGCACGAGACGGUUCCACAGCGGAGACCAUGGAGCAGAAAGCAGCAGCUUUCCAGCACGCUUUCUUCCCACAACCUCCAGAAGCGGAUAUAACAGACACGGAAGGAUAUAUAUAUCCAGAAAGCGUGGAUUUUCCGGAGAUCACACAUCACGAGAUCCAGGAAGCUAUACGAGCUACUCCCGCGGGCAAGGCCCCUAGAGAAGACGCGAUUCCGAACGCUCUCUGGCACAAGCUGAUCAAAAUCCCCGUGGUGGCGAGCACGCUCCACCAGCUCUUCAACGCGUGCGUGCGAAUAGGCUACAAUCCAGGCCACUUCCAGAGGUCUAUCACGGUUAUGCUACGCAAGGCCGGAGAUCGAGACUACCAGGAAGCUAAGUCAUACCGGCCAGUUGCUCUUCUCAAUACAAUCGCUAAAUUUCUCGAGUCUAUCAUCACAAGACGUAUAUCUUACGCUAUGGAAGAGCACGGAUUGCUGCCAAAAGGUCAUCUUAGUGGAAGACGGGGCAUCUCCACGGAGCACGCUAUACAGAUCAUGCUAGAUCGGAUACGUAGCGCGUGGGGUAGAGGCUCUAUGGUCUCUCUUCUUAUGCUAGACAUAUCUAGAGCGUAUAACAACGUCUCACAUGCACGUCUAAUUCAUAACAUCAAAAAGCGUCGACUUAGCCAGCUUACACCCUAG